AUGUUGGCCGGUCUACGCUGCCGAACCACCUCCAUUCUCUCUGCAUCGCAACACUACCAAUGUCGGCACUUCUUCUCCUUUCCCUCCAAUGAACCAACCACCUUUUCCGUGACACAACGAUUCAACUACCCCCCAGGUCUCAUCUACGGAGUGGUCUCCGACGUCCAACACUACUCGGAGUUUGUGCCCUUUUGCGAAGGCUCGACAAUCACAAAAACAGAUGGAGACGGAAACCCGGUCGAGGCGGUGCUAAAGGUGGGCUGGAACCAAUUCAACGAGGAAUUCGCCAGCAAAAUUGAAUGCGUGAAAGAUAAGAGCGUUGUUUCCUCAGCGCCGGACCACUCCAUGUUCAAUGUGCUCUACUCGAAGUGGACAAUCUCCCCCAGCCAAAUCUCUGAAAACGCAUGCAAUGUGAAACUGGACCUCGAGUUCCAGUUCAAAAAUGCAAUGUACAAUAUGGUAUCUUCUCAGUUUGCGCCAGCUGUGAGCCAGGUCAUGGUGGACGCUUUCACCAAGCGAGCUCAUGCCGUCGCUCUUCAGGAAAAGAGAAAGGUGAAUUAG